AUUCACUGACCACAAAAGUAAAAGUCAAAAACUGAUGCUGAGAUGAUCACUGCAUAAGACCACCGAACAUGGAAAGUAUAUCCCACGCGCCGGCAGAGUCAUCAUCUUCCUCUGCUUCUUCAACACAACACAAGAUUUGGAUGGAGGCCCAAGAUGAGCUGAAGCAAAAACUAAUUGCACAAGAUGAUUUCCCAUGGAGAUCAGCUACUACUGCACCACCCACAAGUGACCAAGAGGAGAAAGCGUUGAAGUAUGUGGGUGGGGUUGAUAUAAGUUAUUCAAAGGAACUCCCAUCUAUGGCAUGUGGGACUCUUGUAGUUUUGGACAUUCAUUCCCUCCAAGUUGUUUAUGAAGAUUACUCUGUUCUCACCCUCAGUGUCCCUUAUGGUCCUGGCUUCCUUGCAUUCAGAGAGGCCCCGGUGCUUCUUGAGCUUUUGGAGAAGAUGAAAGCCGGUGCUAAUCUUUUCUAUCCACAGCUGCUAAUGGUAGAUGGAAAUGGAAUACUUCAUCCUCGAGGUUUUGGCUUGGCUUGUCAUCUUGGCAUUCUAGCAAAUCUACCUACUAUUGGGAUUGGAAAAAAUCUUCAUCAUGUGGAUGGUCUAACAUUAUCUGGUGUGAGGCAACUUCUUAAAGCCAAAGAAGACUGUGCUGAAGAUUUUAUUAAUUUGACAGGACGCUCAGGGCAUAUAUGGGGAGUGGCAAUGAGAUCUACAGACGGCUCCGUGAAGCCUAUAUUUAUUUCAAUUGGUCACCGAAUUUCGCUUGAUACUGCCAUCAAAAUUGUAAAACUGACUUGCAAGUAUCGUGUGCCAGAGCCUAUCCGGCAGGCUGAUAUCAGAUCUAGAGAAUAUCUUCGGAAGCAUCAAGCGAUGAUCAAUAAAUGAUUCACUCCCAAGAAUCUGGUAGUUACAAAUCAUGGACCAGGGGACUGCAACAUUUCUGCUGCACCAGCAUAUGCAAUGUUAGAAUAUCUGUUGAGACUUGGAGCUCAUUUUAAUGGCUUGCUUCAUGCCCCAUAAACUCGGGGUGAACCCUCAUAUUCUUUGAUUAUUGUUCUGUUAUUUUUCUUUAUUCAAUUUUAAGUUUCACGGAUCUAAAGUUAAUAUCGUCAUGCAAACACUAACGCCGGCUAGGGCUCUCUGUCCUUACAAUUUAAGUACAGCUGUAAAAUAACUCAGAUAAGUGUUUGGUAA